UCAAGUCGACUUCGUCUGGAUGAGAAGACGAGAAGACAAGAUACAGAAUCUCGUCAAGUCGACUUUGUCUGGAUGAGAAGACAAGAAGAUAAGAUCCUCAAUCUCAUCAAGUCGUCUUUGUCAGGACGGGAAGACAAGAAGACGUGAUCCAGGAUCUCGUCAAGUCGACUUCGUCUGGACGGAAAGACAAGAUAAGAUCCACAAUCUCGUCAAGUCGAUUUGAUAUAUGGACAACACGUUGAGAUGACGAGAUAUAUUGCGCUUUGUCAAUUUGGCUUCAUUUCCACAUGCGAUUUAUCCGCGGCCGGGGUUUCGUUCGACUAGAUCUACAUGUAGCUAGCUAUAUAGCACUGCCUAGCACGUUAAUAAAGGAGGUCAUUUAUGGCUAAAAUUGUUAUCAGGAUCAAUAUGCCUCAAUAAUUUUUGAAGCCGGAAGCAGCAGCUGAUCAAUAUUAUUAUUGUACGAGUAUAUACGUGUGAAGGAACAGACGAAAUAGAGCGUACUAUAAUGGAACGGUUGUGCAUCCCUUUAGCUAUAAUCCUUCUCAGCCUUAUUGGGGCCUUAGCUCAACCACAACCCCCGUAUACCGCAGCAGACAUUGAAGACCUCGGGGAAGAUGUUGCAGAUGAUCUCAUCGAACACUAUUACACCAAUGGUUAUACUGCGCUGGAAGUGAUAGCGUUUCUCAUUGCGCGUCAUGGUAUCAUCAGAAGCCUCAGGCAAGUGCGACGAAUCAUCCAACGCCGUCAUAUUCGUAGGAGAGAUGUAAGGUCCGCUGCCGCUGAUGUCGUAAAUGCCAUACGAGUGGAGCUACGAGGAUCAGGACAAAACCUUGGCUAUAGAUCGAUGUGGAGAAGACUGAGAACCAGACAUAACAUAUACGCAACCCAAGAUGAUGUCAGAGAGCUUCUCACACUUUUGGAUGUCGAAGGGGUGCAGAGAAGAUCAACGCGGCGUCUACGUCGCCGACAAUACGUUAGUGUGGGACCAAACCAUGUGAUACAUGUGGACGGGUACGACAAACUCAAACCUUAUGGUUUUGCGGUGCAUGGUGCCAUUGACGGAUUUUCGCGAAAAGUGUUGUGGCUUCGAGUUGGAUAUUCAAAUAAUGAUCCUCGUUUUGUUGCGCGGUUUUAUUUAAACUUUGUUCGUAACAUUAACGGAGUACCCCGAAUCGUACGAUGUGACAGGGGAACCGAAAAUUGCCUAAUUCGAGAUAUACAGAUUGCCCUUCGAUGGGAUCAUAAUGAUUGUUUUGAUCGACACAGAAGUUUUAGGUAUGGACGUUCAACAAGUAACCAACGAAUCGAAUCAUGGUGGGGACAUCUGGGGAGGCUAUCCUCAAGAUAUUGGAUCGAACUCUUCAAACAUUUACGAGAUGUGGGUGAAUUUGACAACAGUAACCCAGUUCAUAUUGAAGCCAUACGACUUUGCUUUCAAAGACUUAUUCAGCGGGAUUUUGAUAGGACUGUUCAGGAAUGGAAUCAGCACUGUAUAAGAAGUCAAAACAAUGAGGAAUUGCCAUACGGAGUCCCAGAUUUGAUGUAUCAUGUUCCUGAGAUGUUUGGUACCGAAGAUCAAAAAAUGCCUCUGAUGUAUUCGGCGCAGGAGUUGGAGGACACAUCACGUGCUGUUUCACUUGACUAUCCCGUUUAUGGAUGUAGUCAGGAAUUUGUUGACGCAGUCAAUGCUCAUGUUGGUAAUUUGGACAAUUUCGAGCUUCCAGAUUCUGUUGAAGACGCACUUGAUUUGUAUGAACACCUUGUAAAUUUGUUUCUCUGAGUUUACGUGGUAAUGAAAAACAUUGUGUUCAUGCCUAGUGACAAUGACCCCACAAAGGAGCACUCUUUCAUGCAUCCAUUCAAUAAUAUUUAAGUAAUAACUGUUACAAUAUACAAGGUACAUGUUAAUAAAUGGCACUUGGAAUCUAUUACCGUAUACAAUUAUUAGAAGUGUAAUAACGUUUCCCCGAAUUUCUUACUUUUAUGAUCACCUAGCUAGUAGAAGAACAAGUAGUAUCCUUGACACUUUCACGGGGACAAAGGGUUGAGAGUGUUUCCGGGUUGCCUGAAGGAUACUAAGCAAAUUGGGCUUGGGAAACCCUGUUCUAAAUGUCAGCCAUUUUGGGGAGGUGGCAAAAUGUGUUCUAUGUGGGUCAAAAUUCCUAACUAUACCUAAAUCUUAUUUUAAAAAGCACACCAAACUCUUCUUCUGGUCAUACAGAUUCCAUCAAAGGUAUACUUUGACCUAUCUCUGACAUACUGUUUAGCCACUAUGACCUGAAACAGAUAAAUAUCAACGCACUUUUGGUAAAAUGCGAAAGGUCAAGCCUGCCCAUUGGUGUCUAAUUAUAUGUUUUCUGAUAUGACAAAGUCAACUGAGCAACUUAGAAUGAAGAGAAUUUACUGCAAAUCCUUGUAAUUUCGCUUUUUAUUUUAUUAUGGCAUCCCUAUUCAUUUACGUGUAUACGUGAGUUUUACAUUCCCAUAGACAAUGUAAAUAAAAUAGAAACCUAAAUUUGAAGGGUUUGCACACAGUUCUAUGAUUUCCAAGUAGCUCAGUUGAAUUUGUCAUGUCAGUAAACAUAGGAUUAGACACUAAUUUGUUCAAAUCGGACAGUCUUAACCUGAGAUAUUUCACCAAAAGGGGGACGACAUGUCCCUGUUUCUGGUCAUCGUGGCUAAACGGUACGUCUUUGGAAUCUAUAUGACUAUGAAGAAGAGUUUGGUGUGCUUUUUGAUAAUAUUUGGGUAGUUUGCAAUUUUUGCCCCAUAGAACCCAUUUUGCCCCCUCCCAAAAAGGCUGACAUUUUGAACAGGGUUUCCCAAGCCCAAUUUGUUUAGUAUCCUUCAGGCAACCCGAAAACAUUCUCAACGCUUUGUCCCCGUGAAAGUGUCACGGAUAAGCUGUUCCUCUUCUAAAGGAUAAUGCUUUUGAUUAAUUUUACGAUAAUUUCCCCACACAAAAAUUGCAAUGAAAAAUAUCUUUAGGGCAAGAGUAAAGAAUUAUCCUACGUGAGGAGGGAAUUUCCCUAUUUAUUUUGCUAUUUAGUGAAGUUAUUAUGGCUAUGUGUUAAUUGUUUAUCAAUAAACGUAUAGUCUUUUUUAUAUAGUGUUACACCAUCAAUCUGAAUAAUCGUAAUCGAUUCCUACAUCUCCAUCUGAAUGUCUUAUUUGUAAUGCAUAAACUUGGUCUUUUACACAUAUUCAAAGAUAGCUUGUAUUAAAACUAGGUUGAUAUAUAUUUUAUUCAUUAUGAAAAUAUACAAUGUCUAUAUAAUGUUGUACACUAUCUUAUUGGAAGCUAAAACAAUAAUGAAUUUGAGUAUCAACAACUGAGUUAGUAAUCAUUGAGGUAUGUAGUAUCUAAAAAAACGCCACACAAAGAAACAAUAAACAAACAGGUAAGGACCUUUUAGCGACUCCACAUUGCAUACCCUAAGUUACAUGAAAAUGUUUGUUUUUCUUUUUGGAUACAUAACUUUUAAUCCAAGAAUAGGAUUUUCCUUGAAAUACCGUAAUGAUCUAAUUUGGAAAGAAGAUUCAUAUACCGUAGUAUCAAAAGCCUUACCCAGGUCAUUAUAGCAAUAUAAUGUAUUUUUUGUGAGAACUAAUCAGUACUUAUCAAAGUGUAAUCAGUAUUUAUCAAAGUGUAAAUAAGAAAAUCAGUUGAACAUUUUUUUCUGAAGCCAUAUUGUGGUCGGUUAAGGAUGUUAUUGACUGUUAAAAAGAAGAUAAAUCUUAUAUAUACGAUCUUUUCUGAAUGUUUUGAGAUGGAGAGUACUAUAGAAAUGGGUCGAUUAUUUGAAUUAGAGUUGAAUUAUCAUUUUUGUCUCGCCUGAACAACCACUUUUGCUGUUAGUCUGUUACGGAAAUGUUUAAGUUUGUAGUUUUUGUUUAAAGGAGAAUUAUCGUCAAAUUACAAUUAUACCUAUUCUCAUAGAUGUGUAAUGUUCUUGUCUGUUGGUCCCAUGGUCUGCAAGAUUUCAAUCAAACAUGUUCGAGAAAGGAAUCAAUGAAGAAUCAUUUGGUGGCUCAAUAGUAACUGGAGGCUCCCGGGGGGGGGGGGGGCACUUACAUUGACGAGUGGAUACUAUGCGCGACCAAAAAAAACACGUAAAAAGGAUGUCUUUUUCACGAUAGGGCACGUUACGUACGUAACGUGAUAAGGGUGUCAAAAACACAAAAAUAAUGAAAAAAGGGUAUCUAUUUCGCUAGGAAAUUACGUGUUUAGGGUCGUAUUUGCGGGGAUGAUAAAACAAAAUUAAAAUGUUUUAUAAAGAAUGUCCUUUUUGCCCCAACACUUCGUGUUUAGAGUCCGAUUUGCCCGGGGUGUAGAAGGUGGGGUCGUACUAAACCAAAUAAGGUAAAGCCGACGACCGGAGGACCCGUAAAAAUAAAACAUUCCUGUACUUGUGUAUGGGUUCAUUUCAGGGAAUAUUUGCCAAGAGUAUCGUUUUGUUUCCAAUACUU